AUGAAACCAAAUUUUAUAAAUUUAUUUGCGAUUGACCAAAAGUUAACAAAUACAGGAACUGUAAGUUGUCCUCGAAAAAUGUCUCUUCAUCGAACAUUUUCACCAAAUCAAUCACAAACACAAUUAGGGUCAUCAUUAAAAAAAUCAAAUCCAUAUUCUAUUAUCUUUAAUGCUGCAAAAGGAAUUAAUGAAGAAUUUAAAAAAUCACAUAAUGAAGGAGAAGAACAAAAUUUAUCACCAUCACUUGCUGAUGAUGCAUUUCUUGAAAUUCAUAGAUCAACAAAAUGGAUAACAAAUGAAAGAAAAGUAGCAGCUGAAAAAAUUAAUUCAGCACUACAAUUAAGAAAAAAAUAUCAAUGUGUAGAAGUACCAAAAUUAAUAAAUUCAAUUGAUCAUAGAUAUCUUACAAAAGAAGGAAUUAGUGUAUUUCCAGUACAUUAUUCUGAUGGAAUUGUUCCAAUAGAAUUACCAAAAAAUGAUACAACAAUAUAUUAUGAACAAAAAGAUGGAGUAUUUCUAGUAAAAUUAAAAGAAAAUCAAGAAAAUAUAUUUACACCUAUUACUUUAACAGAAUUUAUUGAAGAUUAUAAAGAAAUAUUAAGAAUAAUUGAUAGUGGACCAGCAAAAACAUUUUCAAUGGAAAGAAUGCAAGAAAUGCAUCAUCAAUUUGAAUUACAUAAAAUCUUUUCAUUUGAAAAAACAAAUACUGGAAAAGAUUUUUUUUCAGCAGGAAAAGUCGACACACAUAUUCAUGCGGAUAGUUGUUUUACAGAAAAAGAAUUAUUUAGAUAUAUAAAAAGUAAAUACGAAAAUAAAGAAAUAGUUCAUGAAAUAAUAAAUAAAGAAGGAAAAAAAGAAAAAGAAACAUUAAAAGAUAUGUGUAAAAGAAAAGACAUUAAUAUAAAUAAAUUAACAUUACAUAAAAUUGGAGUAAAAAUAUAUAAUUAUGAUAGAUAUAAAGAAGAUGAUUUACGUACUGUAUUUUUAAAUAUUAAUAAUAUUAUGGAAGGUGAAUAUUUUGCUGAUUUAGUUAAAACAGAAAUGAAACAUUUAGAAAUAACAAAUUGUUAUUUUGAAUUAAGAUUAAGUAUUAAUGGUAAAAAUGAAAAUGAAUGGAAUUUAUUAGCUCAAUGGGCAAAAAAAUGGAAUGUUAAUUCAACUCAUAAUAAAUGGAUUAUUCAAUUUCCUAAAAGAUUUGUUGAAAUUAAAGGAGAUAAUACAUUAUUUACAUAUUCUAAUUUUCUUUCAAAUUUAUUUAAACCAUUAUUUGAAGUAUCACAAAAUCCACAAAAUAAUGAAAUAUUAGCAAAUUUCUUAGAAAAAGUUUCAGGAUUUGAUCUUGUUGGAGAUGAAAAUGAAAUUGAACAAAUUAUUGGUUCAGAUACUUUUAAUCCUACAAAUUGGAAUAAAUCAGUUAAUCCAUCAUAUUUUAUUUAUAUGUAUUAUUUAUAUGCAAAUAUUGUUUCUUUAAAUAUUUAUCGUAUGUCUAGAGGUUUAAGUACAUUUGAUUUUAGACCUCAUUGUGGUGAAACUGGUCAUUAUUCUCAUCUUGCUGCUGCUUUUUUAACUGUUAAAGGAAUUUCUCAUGGAAUUAAAUUAACUGAUUCUCCAACAUUAAAAUAUCUUUAUUUAUUAACUCAAAUUGGUAUUACAAUGUCUCCAAUGGCAAAUCAUUUAACUCAAUGUCAAUAUAAUCAAAAUCCUUUUAAUAAUUUCUUUAAACGUGGAUUAAAUGUUACUUUGUCAUCUGAUGAACCUCUUCAAAUUCAUAGAACUCAAGAACCUUUAAUGGAAGAAUUUGCUAUGGCACAACAAACAUGGAAAUUUGAAGAUGUUGAUUUAGUUGAAAUGUGUAAUAAUUCAAUUAAACAAAGUGGAUUUUCAUUAAUGAAAAAGACUACAUUAUUUGGAAAUAAAAAUGAUGUUAUGAUAAAUGGAAGGUCAUUAUUUAGAAAUAAAUUACUUGAUACUGAAUUUGCUAUUAUUAAAGCUUUAAUUACUGACAAUUCAAAUAAAAUUUUUGGUGAUAUUCCUGCAACAACUAUUGAUUUAAAUUAUAAAACAAAAGAUCCAAAAGAAAUUGAUGUUAUGAAAAAAAUUACUUAUUGGAUGUUAGUUAGAGAAAAAUAUUUUGCAGAAAAUUUACCUCAAGUUAUAAAUGAUUCUAUUCAAUUAAAUAAUCCUACAACUCCUCAAUUAUUUUGUGCUAUGUCCAAUGGAAUUUAUAAUAUUUAUAAUACCCCUGAUGCAAUUUGUGAUAUUGAUCAUUAUCAUAAUGCUUUUGUUUAUUGUUUUGAUUGUAGAAAAAAUUAUUGUAAACAUUGUUUUAAAGAAGCUCAUAAAGAUCAAUAUCAUUCUAUUAGAAGAACUAAACAUUUAUCAUAUUAUCCAAUUAUUGAAUUUUCAGAAUAUAUUAAUGAUUAUAAUGACCUUGUUAGAUUUAGUACUGAUGGUCCUUCAAGAACGUUUUGUUAUAAACAAUUACAUUCUCGAGAACAACUCUUUAUUCUUCAUAAAAUUCUUAAUAACUCAUUAGAAAGUCAAGAAAUUAAAAAAUUACCAAUUGAUUUUGAAAGAAGUACUAAAGUUGAUACUGUUGUUGCUGCUUCUAGGUCAUUUCAUCCUAGAGAUCUUCUUAUGCUAAUUUGGGAUAAAUUAAAAGAAGAUGGUGAUAGAGUUGUAUUUCCUGAAAUAUCAAUAAAAACUGAGUCAGGUACAAGAGUUUAUAAACAUGUUACAUUAAGAAAUGCAUUUUCUAUUUAUCAAAUUAAAGACUUUUCAUUAGACAAUUUGUCAGUAACAUUUGAUCCAUCAUUAAUUCAAAGGUAUGAUUUAUGGGAUUCAAGAAAUACUAUUUUUAAUGUAAAAGAAUUAAGAGACUUAUUUUUAACAACUACUAACAGUGUGGGUGGUACUUAUUUUUGUGAAUUCUUAAAGAAAACAAGAUUUGAUCAAGUUGAAGAACAACCUAAUCAAAAAACUGAAAUGCAUAUGUGUCUUUAUGGUAGAAGAAUGAAUGAAAUUGAAGAUAUUGCUAAAGUUAUUGUUAAAAAUGGAUUAAUUUGUCCUGAAAAAAAUAAUUUUAGCAUUCAAUUACCAAGAAAAUAUGCAAUGAUUAAAAAAGAAGGAAAUGUUAAUACCUUUGAAGAAUUAUUACGUCAUAUGUUUGAACCAUUAUUUGAUGCAACAUUAAAUCCAGAAAAACAUCCUGAACUUGUUACUUUUCUUGAAAAUGUUGGUGCAUUUGAUUGUAAAGGAGAUGAAUCUGAAUUUGAAGGAAAAAUAUCAUUAUCAUCAUUACCUGUUCCAGCAAAAUGGGAUUCAUAUAAAGAACCUCCAUUUGCUUAUUGGAUUUAUUAUGUUUAUACUAAUAUCCAUGUUUUAAAUAAUUUAAGAAGAACAUUAAAAAUGAAUACUUUUGAUUUUAAACCUCAUUGUGGUGAAACUGGAGACCCAAUGCAUAAUGCUGCUGCAUUUUUAACUGCUGAUGCUAUUUCUCAUGGUAUUACAUUAGAUAAACAAAAUACAUUACAAUAUUUAUUUAUUCUUGCUCAAAUUGGUAUUUCUUGUUGUCCAAUUUAUGAUAAAUUCUUGUAUGAUAUUAUUGAACAUCCUUUUUAUAAAUAUUUUAUGCGUGGAAUGCUUGUUACUUUAGCUACUGAUUCACCUAUGCAUACUCACACUACUAAAGAACCUCUUGUUGAAGAAUAUGCUUCUGCAAUUAAAAUAUUUAAAUUAACUGCUUCUGACAUUGCUGAAAUUGCUCAAAAUUCUUUACUUAUUUCUUCAUUCUCUGAAGAUACAAAACAAAAUUGUUUAACAACUGAAGAAGGUGAAAGUUCAAGUGUUCCUCAAACUCGGCUUCAAUUUAGAGCAAAAAUUUCGAAAUUGGACUUUGAUACUUUACUUAAAUUUAAUAUCGGUAGAUCAAAUUUAACUGAAAAAGAACAAGAUAUCAUUUUACAAGCUUCAAUGCAUCUCUAA